CGUGGCUUUACCGUCGGUCAUCUAUCCUGUUUAAACCUGCUACCUUCCUUUGGCGCCGCCGCAUAGACAGCUGCGACGCGCCACCAACGGACCAAGAGCGUCAGUAUAAUCCGUUAGAAGUAUCGAAUUUUAAAUACUUCCAUUUACAGCUUGCCCAUUCUCCCAUAGCUUAGGGCGCAGUAUGGAGAGCUUGAUGAAGCCUGUUCAACCGCGCGCACCCUUUGCGCGCCCAAGCAUCCAACGUACGCCGGUGCCCAUCCAAUCCUGGCGAGCGCUGCGCCCGCCACGCCCUAUCGCUACCCAGGCAGCUGCAGGCGGCGGCGACUUGGGUGGCAAAGAUGGCGGCAGCAGCAGCAGCGGAGGUUCAGGCGGCGGGGGUUCUGGGGGAAAUGGCAAGGGUGAUGAUGACAACAGCAGCAACAACAACCCUGGCGGCCAGCCGCAGAAAGGCGGCCUGUUCCGGGGUUGGGAGGAGCGCGUCGCUUACGACCCAGAGUUCCCCAUCAAGGUGCUCAUGGAACAGGUCAUCGGAGUCAGCGCCUGUGUCAUUGGCGACAUGAGCGCCCGACCGAAUUGGGGUCUUAACGAGCUGGACUUCAUCUUCAGCACCUUAGUGGUGGGCUCCAUUAUGAAUUUCAGCAUCAUGUUCCUGCUGGCACCCACAGCGGGGGCAGCUGCAUCAGCCGCGUCAGCACCUCUGCUGGUACGACUGGUGGGGGACUACUAUCUCAGGGCGUGGGGUGCACCAGGCGGCAACUGCUUUGAGCCCGGCGCCUUCACGGUUGCCCAACGACUAACGAACCUGGUUUAUAAGGGUACCGUUUUCGCGGUCAUCGGCUUUUUCGCCGGAGUGGCGGGUACCAGCUUGUCCAAUGGACUUCUGGCGCUCCGAAAGAAGAUGGAUCCGGAUUUUAAGCUUCAGAACGAGCCGCCCAAUGUUGUGUACAACGCCUUCACGUGGGCCGUACAUAUGGGUGUCUCGUCCAACUUGCGGUACCAGAUCCUGGGGGGGCUGGAUCCAGUGCUGGUGAAGGUCAUGCCCGUGACGCUCUUCCGCAUAUAUCAGGCGAUCAUCCGGGGAUCCAACAACGUGGUGGGCGGCAUGUCCUUCGCGACAUUGGCGCGUGUGCUUGGCGCCCAGAAGGCGGCGGCGGCGUGA